AUGGCACUAAGUCAUGAUGCUCAUCUGGAGACCUGGUGUGCGAAUGAGCUGAAUUACUUCUGUGAUACUAGAGAUUUUGAGAGUGUUGCAAGUUUAAAUCAGAGUGCACUGAGUCGACCAAUGCAACGAAAACUGGUUACCUUGGUUAACUGUCAAUUAGUAGAGGAGGAAGGUCGUGUUCGAGCAAUGCGGGCAGCAAGAUCACUUGGAGAAAGGACAGUUACUGAGCUCAUUCUGCAGCAUCAGAAUCCCCAGCAGUUAUCGGCCAAUUUGUGGGCAGCAGUGAGAGCCAGAGGUUGUCAAUUUUUGGGACCAGCCAUGCAGGAAGAAGCUCUUAAAUUGGUUUUACUUGCAUUGGAAGAUGGGUCAGCACUCUCUCGGAAAGUGUUGGUUCUUUUUGUUGUUCAGAGGCUUGAACCACGAUUUCCUCAGGCAUCUAAAACUAGUAUUGGUCAUGUGGUACAACUCUUGUACCGUGCUUCAUGCUUUAAGGUUACUAAAAGGGAUGAAGACUCUUCUCUGAUGCAACUGAAAGAAGAGUUUCGUACUUACGAAGCUUUGCGCAGGGAGCAUGAUGCACAGAUUGUUCAUAUUGCCAUGGAGGCUGGGCUUCGAAUUUCCCCUGAGCAAUGGUCUUCUCUCUUGUAUGGAGAUUUGGCACAUAAAUCACAUAUGCAGUCCAUCAUUGAUAAACUCCAAUCCCCAGAAUCUUUUGCAAAGAGUGUCCAGGAAUUGACUAUUGUCCUGCAACGGACAACGGAUCCAGCUAAUCUGAACCGACUCCGAUCCCAUCUUGAACUUCUGGCUAAUAUUGAUCCUAACCCAGAUGCAGCACCUCCAACAUGGGAGCAACUAGAGAAUGCAAUGGUAGCUGUAAGGACUGUGGUCCAUGGACUUGUGGAUUUCAUCCAGAACUUCAGUAAAAAAGGCCAUGAAGCACCACAACCACAGCCAAACAGCAAGUAUAAGACCAGCAUGUGCCGAGAUCUUCGACAACAAGGAGGUUGUCCUCGUGGAGCUAACUGUACCUUUGCCCACUCCCAAGAAGAGUUGGAAAAAUAUCGGAUGCGGAAUAAGAAGAUUAAUGCUACUGUCAGGCCAUUCCCUCUGUCCCAAGCUCUUCAGAACAAAGUUGGAAUCACUAAUAUAAUCACAACAUCUGCAGGAAACGUAGUUUCUAUGACAGGAUCUACUGAAACCACUGUGAAAAUGGUGCAGACGCCAAAUGGGAUAAUUAGUCCAGAAAGUACUCCACAGCUAAUACCACGCUGUGCAGAUACCUCAGCUGCUUUAGAAACUGCUAAGAAAAUUGGACAAAACUGCCUGAGUACAUCUGGAUCACUAUCUGGUUCACCACCAGAGAAUAAAGUUGGCUCACCUCCCAAGACCAUUCUCAACCAGGUGCUCGCUACCCCAGCUGUAGUAUCAUCGCAUAUUGGGUCAGAUGCAACUUCACUACCAUCAUCAAAAUCUGUGUCAAGGGUGUCAGUAUACCCAUCCCAACAACCUGAUUUGUAUUAUCCGGACCCCCGGACACCAGUUUCAUAUGAACUGACUGCUUAUCACCAGCCAGGAGGGUAUUAUCCUCCACAUCCUGGUCUACCAUCUGGUGUAUCUCCUUGCCUUCCUCGUUACGUACGGCCCAACAGUAUGCCAGAAUCCCCACUUCCACCCACUGUGCCAUACACUGACCACUACAAUGCAUAUCCAUCUCGGGAUCGUCUAGCCUCUUCUCCUUACCCAUCAGCAACUCCUCAACAGUAUGGUUCAGUCCCAGCAGUGCAUUCUGGAAUGUAUGCACCAGUCUAUGAUAGCAGACGCAUGUGGAGGCCACAGAUGUAUCCACGGGAUGAUGUUGUGCGGAGUAAUUCUUUACCUCCAAUGGAAAUGGUGCCUUCAGCUGCCUACCAUCCUCCACCACGAGAAAGAUACAGUUCACUUGAUGGAUAUUAUUCGAUGGCUGGACAGCCAGCAAAUGAACAAAGAAGCGUCAGCAUGCAGAAGGUGACUGGAGACCUCCAAUCUCCACCAGGGAACUCAGAAAAGGAUGCAUUCAGCCGAAUGCAGCAACCAGGCUUUGAUGACCUGUUGAGACGGAAACCGGACCAGUGGACUCACUGUUCGACCCAGAAGCCACCUCUUGUCUCUUCUGCUCUGUCCACGGUCACCCAGCCCUCUGAUCCUCCAUCCCCCUUGUUCAGUGUAGACUUCAACUCUGAGCAGUUCUCUGAGAAUACAAGUGAUUUGUGUAUGGGCACUAAAUUUGAAGAUGACAGCAUAUCCCAUUAUUCUCCAUGGUCCUGUGGGACCAUCAGCUCUUGCAUUAGUGCGAUGGAAUCUGAUCCAAAAGACAUCAAGGCAACCACCAGUGUUGAAGUAAUGGACCUUAAUGUGAAACGACAGCUAAAUCUGUUUGAUUCUCAGAGAAGGGCAAAGGACGAAGAUCCCAUAAUUCCAUUUGGUGACGGACCGAUCAUCUCUAAGUGGGGUGCAAUUUCCAGGUCUGCCCGCACAGGUUAUCAUAAUACAGACCCAGUCCAGGCUACAGCUUCCCAAGGAAGUGCUACAAAGCCAAUUAGUAUAACAGACUAUAGUCCACAUGUCAGCCAUGCAGAUUCUAGUAAUUGGAAUUCCCAUGUCCUUUCAUAUGGAUCGAAUUCUACUACUGGCCAAUACUUAAACAGGGACCGAUUGCGAAUAAUUGACCUGCCUGGUCACAGGAAACUUUCUAAUGGUGGAGAUCAAUUGAAUGUUGAAAUGCAACAGAGGGAAUUUUCAGAAGUUUCUGCAGAUGCAAGACCUGAUCGAGAUAUAGAACUGGAGCUUUCUGCUUUAGAUACUGAUGCCGAUCAAGAUGAGGGUUUAGAGAAUGUCCUGGAUUUGGGUAUUGGCUCCCAGAGUGAUCGGACCAAUGAUAUAAUGUCUGAAAAUGGUCACCACCAUAAGCACCAGGGUCAAGAGCAGGAGGAGCAGGGCCGGAGAAUUGCAGAGCAAAUUGCUAUCACGGAGGAACAGAAGAUGAUACCAAUAACUUCUGGCUUUAACCAGCCCACUACAGCUUCUGUUGGCUACGUCACCUCCCCGCCUAUGACUGCUUCCUUCAGCAUUAGUAAUUUAGUCCUGAAAACAUCUGCAGUAAAGUUGUCAGAAGAUAAUGACAUGAAACCUGCAACUAAUGGCGAGACUCUAGUCAAUGGAAGCUGAAAUGUUUUGUGCUUGCACCAACAUUCAAAAGCAAUUAAUUUUGCUUUCUUUAUUAUAUUAUAUAAUAUAAUAUAUAACACAUGGAUUUGUAUAUAUGUGUGUAUGUUAUGUUAUGUACUUUUUUAAAAGAACAAUGUGGGGGCACCAAAUUCCUGUGGACAUUUUUGAUACUUCAAAAGCCCUCCUGAAUUAACCAUUUUGACAAAAUUAACUUUAGCCAGAUAGCUAAUUCAAAUUCCCAGUGAAUCUUGGAAUUUGGACAUCAUUCUGCUAAAUGCUUUAAAGCAGUCUUUUAUGAGUCUGUUGUGAGCCAGUGCAGUAACUUAGUCAUUCUUAUUCACAAUGGCUAAUGUAGAACGUAAACAACUCAGUUGUUAACCAGCAGAGCCUUGCAGUAACACAUCUGGUGGAAGCUAACUAUGACUUACCUCCUCUUCUAUUUCUUUUAUAUGUUUUUUGUGUACAAUUCACAAAAUUGUAAGAAGAUAAUGGCUUGGAAAACUGUAUUUUUGAGCUGUUAUGGUAAGAUUUAGUUUCAUGGCAUUGUUGCACUUUUUAUAGGAAACUUGUUUUGUUAAAUGGUGGAAGGAGUGUACUUUUCACUUUUUAAAAAAUUGCAUAAUUAGAGUUUCAAAAUACAGUUUGCCAACAGAUUCCAUAGCAAAUAUGUUAAACUAAGAUGGUAAAAUUGAAAAAUACCUUGUGUUAUCUGUUUAAACAAAUAUAUAGGGCAAACAUUAAGUGGGGUGGAAUCACUAAAACAUUGUGCCAUUAUCACUUAUUAUCUAACAAGGUGUGCCUCAGGAAAAAAAAUGAAAUUAUCUUGCCAGAUUGACCAUUAGUUAAGAUAGCAUAUUAACAGAAAAUAUGCUGUUAAUAACAGAAAAUAAAUAACAGAAAAUUGGAAAUACUUGGGUCAGGCAGAAACUGAGAGAGAGAAACAGUCACUGACUUGAAAUGUUAUUUUCUAUCCACAAAUGCUUCCUGGUCUGAUUUAGUAUUCCCAACAUUUUCAAUUUAUAAUUCGGAUUUCCAGAAUUCACAGAUUUUUUUUUCCCCUUGGUUUGCAUGGCAACAUGUUUUCACUUUCUUUGGUCCAAUAAUUGCAGGCUAAGCAGCAACUUUUUGCAGAAAAUCAAUUCAUAUAUCCCAUGAAGAAGAAUUUCUGUCAGUUUUGAUGUGCAUUUGAUAGAAAUUUAGCCUGUGGCAUUCUAUUAUUGGUGGAUUUGUAGCAGCAAAGAACUGCACCGUUGCCUAUUUUGUUGGGUGUAGUAAUGAGCUUAAGGACCAGAUACAGAAUAUUAAAAAAAAGACUAACUGCCUUCUACCCUCCAAAAAACACCAAAGGCAAAAAUUGCAAAUAGCUCAAAUUUGAACACUUGCUUCAAAAAAUGCCUUGUCUCAUCCUUGAAUCUACUAUUCAUGGUAAAGAUUUUAAUUAGAUUUUUUUAAGUACCUACGAUAGUGAAAUGUCUUUUAAUGGAAAUAAACUUAUUUGUCACCCUAAAUUACAUGAACGUGCAAUGCUAAUUGGUUUACAUAAAAUGCUGCUUUGAUCAUAGCUAUGUUCAAAAUAUUUGGCUAUUUUGAGGUUUCUUAUUUUUAUUAACCAUUAUAUUUGUAUAUAAAGUGCAGAACGAAAACUGUAUUUUGGAACUCCUGCAUUGUGUGGUGUUUGCACUGAAUGAUAAGCCAGUUUCUACUGGUCUCUUUUCUACCCUGUCUAUUUUAAGAAUUUCUGAUGGUUUCUCUGUAUUUACUGCAACAUAUAGUGUUCAUCCAUUAUGAAGCAAGACCCCAAAAGUACUGUAAUAAAUUUGAACAGUCCAAAGUCAUAUCUGACAGUCCAGUUUAAAACAGCCGUCUUCAAUUUAAUCAAACGCAAGGAAAUGCCAAGAAUCUCAGUAGUUUUAUUUGAUAAAAAUAGUAAUGGUCAUAAUCAUGGUGAUGCUUUUUAGUUAAUUCAAGGUACAAUUUAAGUUUGCCAUUGCACGCAUGUUUAACGUACUCUGGGAGACUGGUAGAUUUACUUAUAAUGUAGUUGGGCAUUGAAAGUAAAAGUAUUUAAAAUUUGUUUACAAAACAUCUAUAAUUGUGAUAUUUACGGAUGUUGUGUUUAUUUUAACUGUGUAACCUUUUCUCAGUUUUAUGUAAAGGAAAUUGAGGGCUAAGCUUUCUGGCUCUUCAUCAUUUACAACUCGUUCACUUAGUGAAGUUUCUGAGUUGGCCCUUUUGAGAAUUAAAGAAGUAACUUUGUUUUCAUAGCUUAGACCAGCAGUCGGAGGAGCAAUAACUGCAUCCAUUCAUAAAAAAAAUUUAAAAUUUUAACUGUCUUAGUCUAUACUGUAACAUUCUGUUGAUUCCCAAGCCUGUAUUCAGCUUAUUUUAUAAUGGGCAGUGUUUCGGAUCAAACAAUGCAAAGUAAUAGAACUGUAUCAAUAAUUCCCUUUUUUAAAGCAAGCCACUGUUGCAUGCACGUAAUUUCUGUUAUGUAGGUAUGCCAUUUGCUAAUAACCUAGAUUUAACAGUACCUUCCAGUCUCUAUCUCUAUGGUCCUACUGUUUUAAUUUUACAUUUUUUAUGUUUUGAUGACUUCUGUGAAGUUGAUUGUUCUGAAAAUCGUACUGGGAUAUUUUAAACCAAGCACGACUUUCACCAGGUAGCUGCAAAGGAGGUGUUCUGCUGGUAAACGACUUCUGCAAGAUCAUGUUAUUGGUCGUCUGAGUUGUUAAACUGAUACACAAUACCACAACAAAGUGUCAGAAUUUUUAAAACAGUUUUGUGCACUUCCCUGAGGGUUGAACAUUUUUUUCCUGGAGGAUAUUUGCACAGAGUGAUAAGGCAGUUUGCUGCUUGAUGUUUAUAAUUGCAUUAGGCAGUAUCAUGAAAUCUCUUCCUAUUUAUAAUAGGAUUUAUUUAGGUUUUUGUAAUGAAGGAGUGAUAUUGUACAUUUAAAUUUUUGUGGGCCUCCUACUCAGUAUCAUAUACCGAAGCUUAUAGUUACUGAGAUCUAUGCACCUAUUGUAGUCUGAAGUUAUCAGUCUUUGCGUGUUUACAUGGUCUUUAGUCCAUAUUUCUGAACUUGUACACAUUGAAAUCUUUUUAAAAUCUGGAUACUGGUAUUGACAGCCACUAGUAAGCAACCUAAAGCUAAACUGACUGAAGACCAUUUUACAAACUCUUCUUUUGCAGUAAUUUAAUUUUCAACCAAAGCUGCUCUUAACAAUAUAGAUUUCAGAGUAAACCAAAACAUGCACCAAUGCUUUACGCACAUGGUGUUAGACAUUAAAAUAAGUAGCAUAGGAACAAUAUUUAAUGUAAAUUUUAUGUAAAAGUACAUAAUGUUUUCAAGUGAUGUGUACUGUAGGUUCUAUCUAAAAUUUCCAGUUUUAUUUCAGCUUUCCAAUUGCAUUAUUAAUAAUCUGGAAGACUUUAAAGAUCUCCAUAAUUCAAAUAUUCAAUAAUCACCAGAGUUGCACACAGUUCUGAUUAUUGCUUAUGAAUGUGUUAAUUAUAAAUGGAAUUUGCUGUAUUGCUGUAACAAAUGAAUGCCUAUUUGAGCAUAUCUAUCUAUUUUUCACAAAUCAUAACAUUUAUGAGUGUCCAGUGCUUUCUUGUUGGCCAUGCAACAAGCAAGCAUAGGUAUUGGGGCAAAAAAGAGUCAAGCUCAAGUCCUUAACAGACUUUAAAGUAGGAACAGGGGUUGUUGAAUUUUGUUUUCUUAUCCUUGCAUGAGUUAUAUUGAUCUGCACCCAAGCUUUGGAUCAAAACCAUCAGACUGGAAUGUAGAAUAUUUCAGAAAAAUUUGUACAUUGGGUGCUGCUGCAGUACUUAUUCCCUGCCACUGUGGGGUCUCAGUGAAUUGUAUAUAGUUGCUUUCUCCCUCUAGUGGUACAAAAUAGACUCUGUGAAUCAAUUUUACAGAGACAACAGCUAAUUUUCAGAAGUAACCCACACUACCCUGUCCCCCAAAAAUGAAAAAAAAACCUUUUUAGAGAUCUGUUUAUUGAUGCUUGAAUUGAAGAAAGUAAAUUAUAACUAACUAUCUUGAGGAUGUUUUGUACUACUUGAACAUGACCAAGAUAUUUCAGGAGUCUAGGAGUAUCAGAAUAACCCUCCGAAAAUAGAUUGCAGCCCUCGGGGAAAUGACCGCCCUCUGUGCUACAAAACUCCAAAUAGCAUCUUCAGUGCUUUCUGAGGGUGAAUAUGUAUUACAUAAAUUAAUCUUGUGUAUGUACCUUUUUAUUUUAAAAUUGAAUUCUUUAAAAAACUUGGUUGUGCUCUGCUGGAGGGGGAUUGGGGAAACUGGUUGCUUUUUUACAACUGAUGCACGUUAACAAUGGUAACGUAUCAUCAUUUUGAGAAUCGGUCAACUUUUUUUAAAAUUUAAACAUUUAAGUGGAAUCCAUUCCUGUGCAGUUCCGCUGCAUGGGCCCAAGAUGCAUUACAUCAGAAUUAGGUCACCUGCACAUAUCCCAUAAACCCAUCCAGUGAAGGCCUCAGUUAAUCAAAGGCAUGGAAAUGCAUGCAGUUCCUUAGCUGGGCAGGAGAAGUACAUUAUACUGUAGUUGUGAUACAACACACACAUGGUUCUUAUUUGUACUACACAUGCCCACUGUACAGCCACUUGAAGCGUUGUGAUUAGCUUGCAGCGUUUGCUGUCUGCAUUUAUGCCAUUUUGCCUAUUCUUUUCCCUGAAAGUUAUGAAAAAAUGUUUUGCUGCAAAAAUAAAAUCUUUAGAAAAAUUGCUUAGCUGGAAAAGUUGGGAAAAGAGGCCUGUUUUAUCAAUUGUACAACAGAUUGUGGAGCUCAAGUGUGAAUAUUUUACGUCUGUAUUAGACAUUUUCUUUGCAAAUCUAUUGUUCGAUUGAAAUGUAAAUGAAAUUAAAGAUGGUACACAUCCGUCAUGUAUAAAGGAGGCACCAUCAAUAAGAUGGAUUUAAUGGUCAUUUUUACUACACCUACUUGGCUUAUAUUUAAAAUGUAUAAUUUUUUUUAAAGUGCUCUGUUAAUUAAAUAGGGAAUAAAUUUUAUUCCAUUUGUUAAUUUCAAUUUGACUUCCAAAUUGUUGGUAAUCUGUUACCUUUUGUUUUAGGAGUAGGAUGAAAUAUGAAUGCUAGGCCAUUUAGGUCUGUAUUGAUUAGUUUGUGAUACUGAAUAGCAAAGAUUUAAUUCUUUGUGUACAAAACCUUGUUUGCUGUAGCACUGAAUUGAAGAGCUAAUAGCUUGGGCUGUACACUAGAAUAGAGUAUCAUGAAUUUCGGUGUUUGAAAGAUGAUUGGGACAGUUUGCAGUACUUGAAAUGUAUUUGCAUGCAUAACAAUAAAGUUAUUGUCAAUUAAAA